CCGAAUAAGAGAGCGCGUCGAAGAAGUUUUAUUUGCCAUGGCUGGUCGAGAUCUACGAUUGUUUAUUACAAAUCACAGAACUGAUGAAAUAGAAAAGCUCACUCUCCGGAUGAAAGAUGGCCUCAGCAGCAAGAAAUACAAGUCAGUCGACUAUGAACAAUUGCACGCCUUAUCAGAAGCAAAACGGCAGGCAGCAGCUAAUACAGAAUAUAAGAUACGUAGAAUAUUUCAUGCUGCAAAAACGACUAAAGACCAAAUAUUGGUAAAACAGCAUCGACAGUUUUGGUUUAAAGAACAAGCAAGAUUAAUGGAAGCAGGAGAAAAGGCAGACCUGGAACUACAGGACUUCCUGCAGCGUGAUGGAAUUAAUAAAGAUUUUUUUCUACAAAUGGAAGACUAUGUGCAGGCCUUAGAUGAUGACAGAAAAUCAUUCAAAGCCGGUACAGUGCAUCCCAUCUGGCAGCUAAAAGAUGAUUUACAAUACAAGAUGAUGGAAAUGAAAUCACAAGCCUCCCAGAAGACAGAUGAUUUUGAUUGUCAAGUUAUAUUGGAACAGGUAGAGUUUGUUAAGGAGCAGCAAAAUAAAAUUUUGGGAAAACUGAAGUCAGAGUGGAUUGCUGUGGAAGAAGACAUCAAGGAAACAACUGUUGAAGAUCUGCUCUCUGCUGGUGAAGAGAUUCCAAGUGACGUAGACCAGAUUCCUGAACAAGUGUUUUUUAUGCCAUGUCCAUAUCCUGAAUUGAAAGCAUCUUUGAUGAAUGAAUUUCAAGCACUUGGUGAAAAGUACAAAUCCAGAUUACAGAGCAUCAAUGAAAGACUAGAGGCUAUGGACAGGUACUGUGGAUGGAGUAAGGAAGAUCACUUUGUAUUUCAAGUUACAGUGGACCAGUAUCCUCACAAUCAGCAGAACAGCAGAGCCCUUUGUAUGGAUAUGCUACAAAGAUUUUUGCCUCAUAAAUCAAGACAAGAACUGAAUGAUCAUCAGAGAGCCUGGGAUUGGUAUUAUUUUACAACAGAACAGAAGAAAACACUCUUGCAAGGCUGGAUACGAGACAAACAGGACUUAGUGAUGAAGGCAGUGAUGACCAUAAAAGAGGCAUGUGCUGCUUAUGAAGAGGAAGAGGCACUUAGGAAUGACCGUAAAAGGCAGCAAGAAAUCUGUGCUGAACUGAAGGAAAAGCUGGAGCAAUGGCGGGCUUAUCAAGAAGAGGUGGCACGGCUGGAAGCAGCGAUAGCAGCCAGGAAGCAAGAGGAAGCUGAAGAAAAGCUAAGGAAGGAAAAACAGAAAGAAACACAGAAAAGGACGCAAGACAAAGCCCGGAUUAAACAGUAUUACACGGAGAAGCAGAUGCAAAGAGAUGCUAUGGAACAAAGAGAUCAGCAGCAACUGGAGGAACUGAAGAAAAGGAUGGCAGAACAAGCAAUAAAAGACAAAGAACGGGUUCAGUUCCGGCACCAUUUACUGCAGCAGCAUCUGAAGGAAAGGGAAGAACAAGCUCUCCGAAGGCAGCAGGAGGAGGACGACAAAAAGAAGCGACUGGAUGCUUUGCGAAAUCAGGUUGCAGUUGAGGCAGAAUUUGACCCGGUGAGGAUGAUGGGCGAUACGGAGGCAUCAAAAGCCAAAGUUUGCACAGCUGCGGAAAAUGAGUUUGUUCUUCAAAAGCCUCUUUUCAACCUACACACCUAUAAUGAAAACCAGAUACUUUCUGAUCCCCGACUCCGGAUUGAGCAAGCACUCAGAGAUGCCGGCCUUCAUAACACACUUUAUGCAAAGGACGUUCUGUCACAGAUCACUCCACCAAAGCCCCCCAGGAAAGGCUUGGAGUCGUCUGUGUUUCAGACAUGAUGUAAAACUACCUUCCCGUCCCUACUCUCUUUUUUGCUGCUGUAACAGAAGAGCCAUGAGAAGAGUCAUUUGACUUGCUGUGAAUUUAUUUUGUUAAAAGGGCUGAAAAAGGCUUCAUUAUAAGAAGCCAAGCUGCACAAACUACUUGAUUCAUUUUGCUGCUGAGAAGUAGGGGGCUCGUGCCUGAUAUAAACACGGUGUGUUUGCCUUGCACAUUGCUGAUUUCAAUAAGCAGAUGCCAGCCACGCUCAUACUGCAGUAAUCUGAUUUUACAUCCAGCUGUGAAUAUAUCGCAUCCAAUUUUCUUUUUGCCUCAUUUCCACCUAUUCUGCAUCAUCUUCUCUACCACAGCUGCUUUUUGUAUGGGGAAGCAUGGAAAAUAAAGGUAACCGCAACUCAGUUGCAGAAAAUGUCAGGAUUUGUUAUAUAAAUGGCCUUAUGAGCACAGCACAGCACAUUAGGAUUACAAGUAGAAAUAAAUCAGCUGUGAGAACGCAUUGCGACACACUAAAUAUUUACAGCAGGCCUGAUCCAAUAUUAGGAUACUAAUAUGACAUUACAGAGUGACUGCUUACAGCUUUUAAAUGCAAUGACUAAAGGAGAAAUUGUUAAAACAAAAACCUUCAAAACGUAGGAUUUCCAAUUUCUGGGGAGCCCCCUCUGAAUUGUGUCUGCAAUAAAACUUGGGGGGGAAAGAUCUCCACGUUUGAGCAAUGUGACUGCAGGCUUUCAGUGGAGUGAAGCAAAUCAUUCUGGGUUUCCUGAACCUUGCGCCUCAUGCACCAGUAUUGGAUUGGUUCAUUUUGAAGAGAUUAUGUAAGUUUUAAGGUUAGCAGCAUGUCCUGUUUUUGUGCAACUGUUGGAUGGUGGAUAUCAUGCUCUACUAAUGACAAGCUUCUCAAACUCUAGUAGACGAACACAUGAAAAGCAGGUGACAGUUUGUCCUUUCAGACUCACGUCUGCUCUAAUUACGCGUUGACUCAACAGUCCGCCCAGCCUGUCCUUUCAGGUAUCACUCAUCCGUUCUUCUACAGCUCUCUUUGUUAAUGGGUGCCUCAUCAGUCCUCCACACUCACUCCAGCUCAGUGCCCACAGGCUGGUGUUUGUGUAAAAUCUUGGCUGCACUCCAUUAAAUAUUUGACUUGUAAGCACCAAGCAGUCAGUACAUUUUAAGUUUAACUCAUCUAAACAAAAGUGCUAAGUGUGUAACACACCACCACCCAUACUAUGUGUUAGCGACCUGUGGAUUUAAAGUACAUGAGGGCUUGUUUUAGUCACAUGACCAAUAUUCAAUAUCAUAUUAAGAUGUGUAGCCUCAAAAUGUCAGCUUUCAGGUAUGUUAGAACACAUUUGUCUGUUUUCUUUCGGUUGUUGAAUGUCCCCAAACCCUGGAAAAUUGUCCUUAUUGUAUGCGACGUAUGUAUGCAGGUAAGGUUGGGAUGAUUUCUCACGACAUAGAAUGGAGAAAAUUCAACCAGUGUGGUCUCAACAAAUAUUUAACCUGUAGCACAUAAUACGUCUGCUUUUUAUACUGGGCAAUUGUUUCAAAACCAGCAAUUACAAAUUAACUGAUUGUCACAUUUUGUACAGAAUGAUUUAAGUCUUAACAAAAGAAAAGUGACACUUUCAGGCUUGGUAUGUUUGUCCUGAGAGGGAGGACUUUCUGAAUUCACACGCAGCCAGGGAGGCAAAAGGAACAAGACGGGCCAGCACCCAAAUUAUUUGGUACGGCGAUCUCGACGUGACAGAUACACACUCGAGGUGUUUAUCUAUUUAUUUAAUUCAUACUUCUUUAGUACUGUACAUAAAGAAAAAAGACAUUACACAAAGAUAUUUUAUGAAUGUUAAAGCUGACAUCAAGUAAUUAUUUACAGACCCAACUCUUUUUUGAAUUUCAUGAAAAAUUGGAUGAUGUGCCAUUAUUUCAUUUAUUCAUUGAGUAAUUAACAACUUAUGUCUAAAUACAAGAUUUGACUUUAUAGUUGUUAGGACCUCAGCAAAUGAACAUUUAAUGCAAUAUCUGCUGUUUUUUUUUUUUCUUACUAUACAUAAAGCUGCUGCUCAAAAUAAAACUACUUAAAAAUCUGCGGUGGGCUGGUGCCCGGAGUUAGUUCCUGCCUAGCGCCCUGUGUUAGCUGGGAUUGGCUCCAGCAGACCCCCCAUGACCCUGUAGUUAGGACACAGCGGGUUAGAGAAUGACUGACUGUUUUAAUAUAAUGGCUGGAGGAGCUCUGUUGUAAAUCCAUGUAAGCGCUCUUAGAAGAAGGCAGUGUGUGUAUAAAUUGAAAUGAAAAAAAAAAACACCUGAAUUAGCGACAGCCGCCCUCAUUCGGGGUAUUCGUUAGAAAUGCAUUGAUUGACUUGAUGAGGUAGAAGUACAAUAAUAAGCAAGAAAAGUGUCGUCGAGUAUUUGAAGCAUUAAAAGGUGCUCUUCAAUUUGAAUGUGUUAAAAGUCUAAAUAUUCUCGAUUGUAAUAUAAAUGUCAUUUUUAGCUUUCUGAAGUGGCUCUUUAAGGGUUAGGACCACUGGUAAACAAUCAAAUAUCAAACAUAUUACUGUAUUUGCAAUCACUAACCUUGAACAACACUUCAACCACCAAUAUUACUGUUUAAACUUUUGUAAAAAGGAGUAACUUUGACCCCUCAUAUCCCCAGGGGUCCCUUGAUGUGGUAUGCAUAACUUCAGGUCCUUCUGAUCAAUUUUGCUGAAGACACCUAUUGGUUGACUCUUUAUCACGUGGGAUUCAUUUCCCAAAUAUGGUACAAAAUGGCCUUAUACUGAUGUUUGUUUUGAGUCUACAGGGCCAAACAAUAUGGGGGACCAUAGAAAUAUCGUCAUCUUGACAUAACUAGACAUCAAGAUGAGUCGAAUGGUGGUACAUCAUAUGUGAAGGUUUCUUUGACUGAGUGAGACACAAGGCCCUUGACAAAAAAAA